GCCGUAGCUCAUCUCCAAACAUACACCCAAAGAACAAACACAAAGAGAAACCCCAUCGUUUUGCGUGUUGCCGAAGGAGAGAAGCUAUGGCGGCGGAGACCCCUUUUGCCAUGGCGAGAGCCAGCUCUGCUACCUCUCUCCGCCCCGCCACUCUCAACAAUGUGCCCUUCCGCUGCCACUUGCCUCCUCCUCCCUUUCGCCCCCGUCCCUCAUCUCUCGUCACCGUGAUCCCAAACAAGGGAGCAGCGUUGCGAUGCGGCCGAUCCUUGGCCGCCCGAUCCAUGUCCUCUUCCUCCCCCUCUCCCUCUUCGUCAUCCUCGUCCUUCGGGUCGCGGCUGGAGGAGUCGGUCAAGAAGACCAUCGCCGACCACCCCAUCGUCAUCUACUCCAAAACCUGGUGUUCGUACUCGAUGGAGGUGAAGUCGCUGUUCAAGCGGAUUGGAGUGCAGCCACUGGUCAUUGAGCUUGAUGAGCUGGGUCCUCAAGGGCCUCAAGUACAAAAAGCACUGGAAAGACUGACAGGACAACAUACUGUUCCUAAUGUAUUCAUUGGAGGCAAGCAUAUUGGUGGUUGUACAGAUACUGUGAAACUGCACCAGAAAGGAGAGCUAACUACUUUACUAUCGAAACUCAACAUUGGCACAGAGAAUUAGUAUCAGCCUUAAGUCAGUUCUUUAUAUGUAUUUGAAGUAGUAACAAUACCAUUUUUGUUCGAUAACAUGUGCUUUACAGUUCACAUGUCAUUUUUGACUGAAUUGUCGGCAUCGUACCCAGUGAUAUGUUCUUUUAAAAUACUUCAUCGUAUC